UUCAGAUAUGACAAAAUUCAAAGACCGCAGCGAUUCAAUAAGAAUGGAGGACCGAUGCCAGUUGACGUUUAUGUUCGCUCUUAUAUCUUUUACAUCCAGAAUCUAGAUACACAUAAUUUGCAAUAUACUCUUCAAAUGAGAUUUCAAAUUCGUUAUAAUGAUCAACGGUUGGUGUUUAACAAUGUCGGUUCCGUCAGUACUGAAGUCAUUCUAGGCGAAGAAGAACUAAAACAGAGUUUAUGGAUACCGCAUGUAUUUUUUGUCAAUGAAAAAAGCUCUGGAACUCUCGGAACACAAAAGCAAGACGUCAUUACUGCCGUUCAUUCUGAUGGAACUGUCAUAAUAUUGAUAAAUAAAUAAAUAUAACUGAACUG